AUGGCCGGUUUUGGAGACAAACGUGGCGUGCUGCACGGCGCACUGCUGGCGGUGCUGCACCGCGGCGUGCGGCGGCGCGACGGCGCGGGUACGGGCUCGGGGGUCGCCGCGCCGCCCGACCACGUGCUGGCGCUAGCCGUGUACCUGCUCACCGUGGCCGCCGACCUGGCCGCGCCGCGCCCCCCCGCCGGCCCCGCCUCGCCCGCCUCGCCAGCCUCCCCCCGCCUACACGCACGACGUAGAAUUGCAUCCAAUUUAGAUGCAAUUCUACCUUUAGAUAAAGCGGCUGCGGCGGCGGCGGCAGUGGCGGUGCGCGCGGGCGGCGCGUGCGGUGGUGGGCGGCGGGCGGUGCGCGGCGUGCCGCUGCUGCGUGCAUUCGCGGGCGGAGCGCUCUGCGACAACGCGCGCACCGUGGUAGCCGCCGUGCCGCCGCUGCAUCGCGCGCGCCCGCACCUCUACCCGCGCCCGCACACGCAUGCGCACUCUGACAGUGACACAGAGUGGGAACCUUCGGAAUCAGAAACAGGACGAUUGCCUCCCCCUAAUAAGUCGGUCUCACUGCCGGCCACCAGCACAGCCCUGGCCGUGCCAACCUCGUUGCAGAUGGCGCGUUUGGUACACGAAAACUCAGUCACGGACGAUCAGUCAGAUGCUGGCGGCGAUGCGUCCGAAAUCAGAGCUUUAGAGAGUGGGAGUGGGGAGAGCCAAGCUCUAGUCCUACAGACACUUACAGAUUCAGAUAUGGAAUCAGAUAACCAAAUGACCCUGGCGAUUCCGGCAGAUGGCGAUUUGGACACACCGCCGGUACCGAUCGAAUAUGACAUAGCGGAGGCGGAGGGCGCGGAGUCCCCGUGGCAGGCGCUGCCCGCGCCGCAGCAGCAGGCGGCGGGCUCGCUGGACCUCGAGCUCGCUGGGGAGCCCGAGCACUCCGCGUCCGACACGCAGAUGCAAGUGCACUCGCAGCCGGACGAGUCGAUCCCAGUGAACGAGUCGAUAAUAUCAUUGCUCCUCAAGCUGCACUCCCAACUUUCCGGCCGGUUGGACUCUUUCUCGCUGGAGGAGCCCGGCCCCAUCACACAAGAACCCAUCGGCGACGGGCCGCACUUCAUCGGCAUACUGCUGCGCAAGCUGGCGGCGCUAGACGCGCGUUGUGCGGGCGCCGUGCAGCACGUGCGCCGCACGCUGUGGCCGCACCAGCGCGAGCGACAGGCCGAGCAGCGUGCCAGGGAGCGGCGCGAGAAGGAGGAACGGUCGCGGCGCGCGCGCGAGCGGCAGCAGCAGCUGAUGCGCGAGUUCGCGCGUCGCCAGCAGCAGUUCCUGGCGGCCGCGCGCGCCACAGACUGCGCCAUGGACUGGGACGACGAGCCGCUGGCGCGCGCCUACGACUGCGUCAUCUGCAACACCACCGCGCCCGCCACGCACCACGACCCCAUCGGCCUUGUCGUGCUACUGCAGUCGACGUCCGUACUGGGUCACCGGCGGCGCGCGGGCAGCGGCGUGGCACGACUCGCGCUCAGUGAGGCUGACCGCGCGCGUCUGGCAGCGCAACGCGAGCUCACGGCCGCCGCGCACCACUACCGACUGCACGACGACCUGCAGCAGCACUUCGACCAGGAGUCGUGGGUGACGAGCGUGAGCGUAGGCUGGGAAGGCGGCGUGGCGGCACAGUCGUGCGGCCACCACCUGCACCUGCGCUGCCUGCGCGCUUACUUGCGCGCCCUGGCCGCGCCGCGCCCGCACAACCUGCGCGUGGAGCGCGGCGAGUUCCUGUGCCCCGUGUGCCGCCAGCUGGCCAACAGCGUGCUGCCGCGCGUGCCGCCGCCCGCUCCCGCUGCGCCGUCAGCCCCCACCCCGGCCGCCUCACCCGCCGCGGAGCUGCUCGAUAUGCUCGAGCGCGAACAUCCGCCGCCAAGCCCGAGCCGGCUGUCGGAGGCAAUGGGCAAGGCGAUGGAGGACAUGACGGCGAUGGCGGGCGGCAAACUGAAGCAGCGCUACGGCUCGUCGCCGGCGGCCAUCUUCACGUUCGUGGCGUCGCUGCUGCGGACCAACCUCGAGUGCGAGCUGGUGCAACGCGGCGGCGCGCUGCUGGCCCGCCCCGCGCCGCGCUACAAGCCGCGCGACGACUGCAUCGAAGAAGAUGUACGUAAUAAGGUUGUGUGUGAAUCAGUGCCACUGAUGUCGGUGGCGGGUGCGCACGCGCGCGCGCUGGCGGCGGCGGGCGCAUCGCUGGGCGCGGCCGCCACGUGGCGCGCGCUGCGGCCUGGUGCGGCGGGCGCGGCGGUCGGGGCGGGCGGCGGUGUUGGCGCGGGUGCUGUUGCGGCGGCGAACGCGGCUGGCGGCGCGCGGCCCGUGCCGCUGCUGCUGCGCGACCCGCUGGCGCUGCUCAUGCACCUGCUGCUGCUAGCGCCGCACACCGCGCCCUACCUCGAGAUACAGCACUUCACGUGCAUCGUGAGCGCGCUGUACGCGCUGACGUACUACCAGGUGGUGUGUCAGCUGUGCGCGGGCGGGGAGGUGUCGCUGGGCGCGGCGUUGCUGUGCGACGACGCGCCGCGCACUGCAGAGCAUGCGCCCCAGCUGCUCGACGCACAGGUCCAAGAACUAAUCCUUCCAUUCCUGCGUAUCUCGGCGCUUCUGCGUAAACACAUCUACGGUCAGCCACUUCCCGAAAUCGAGAACCCGCAAGACGAAUUUCCCCAACUGGUGGAAUUCUUGGAGUUAGCGUCCGGAGAAAACAUAACGGCGGCGUCCGCAUUACACGAAGAAGCUGCCACUGCUGCGAAGGCUUGGGCACGACAGCUCGCUUCUGCGGCGAGUGGAGGACAACUUGCCAUCCGGCGUGUAAUCCGGUCGCUGCACGUGGUGUGGGCGCAGCCGGCGCUGCUGGCGCUGCCGCGUGACUACGACCGUCUGUUCACGUACUACCACGAGCGCGUGUGCCUGCAGUGCGGCGCCGUGCCCAAGGAGGCGUCCGUGUGCCUGCUGUGCGGCACACUCGUGUGCCUCAAGCAGGCCUGCUGCCGCCGCCACCAGGUCGCAGAGGCCGUGCAGCACGCGCAGGAGUGCGGCGGCGGCACGGGCAUCUUCCUGGUGGUGACGUCCACGUACAUCAUCGUGAUCCGCGGCCGCCGCGCCUGCCUCUGGGGCUCGCUCUAUCUCGACGACUACGACGAGGAGGACCGCGACCUCAAGCGCGGCAAACCGCUGUACCUGAGCCAGGACCGGCUGGAGCUACUGCAGGCGCAGUGGCUGGCGCACCGCUUCGACCACACCAAGCGCACCUGGGUCUGGCACCGCGACUCGCUCUGA